AUGCCUCUUCCCAUCCAGAUUGCGUAUAAGCCCAUCGGUAAGCCUGAGAUCGGCACCAACAACUACCAAGGCUUCACCCCAGGUCGGACCGAAGUUCUGCCUAAAGGUUGGAACGGCUACAAUGCAAAGCCCCUUGAGAGCGACAUUCGAAUCGAUCACGAUGUCGAGAUCAAAGUUAGAGACGGGUGUAGACUAUACAUUGACGUAUACCGCCCAGCGGACAGCACCGAGAAGAUCCCCGCCAUUGUUGGCUGGUCACCCUACGGCAAAAAGUACAGCGCACUUACCAUGCUCCCGAUGACGCCAUGGUCCUGCUGCGUGAAGAAGAGCGACCUCAGCGGCCUGGAGAAGUUCGAGGGUCUCGAUCCGCAGCGGUGGUGCCCCAAGGGGUACGCGAUCAUAAGCGUCGAUAGCAGAGGCGCUGGCAACAGCGACGGUCAAGUCCCAAUUAUGGGUUUGCAGGAUGCCGAGGACGCUUACGAUGUUAUUGAGGCUAUUGCAAAAUUCGACUGGUGCAACGGAAGCGUUGGUAUGGCGGGCAACUCUGCGCUUGCUAUUGCUCAAUGGCAUGUCGCUGCUCUGAACCCUCCAUCCCUCAAAGCCAUUGCACCAUGGGAGGCGAGUGGUGAUUUAUUCCGUGAGCAGUUCGUUCGAGGUGGCAUUUUCUCCAUGAGCAACUUCGAUCUUAUCACCAGUCUCAUCAUCAAAGGCAACUCAGGUGUAGAGGACUUUGCGGAAAUGUACCGCAGAAGUCCCCUCUCAAAUAUCUGGUGGGAGGACAAGCGUGCAAACAUGAAGGCAAUUAAGAUCCCGGCCUACAUCUCCGGGUCAGACUUUAGUUCUAUCCACACAAUGGGUAGCAUCAGAGGUUUUAUGGAACUGGAUACUUCCGACAAAUGGAUACGAUGGAGCGCGUGGCAGGAGUGGUUUGAUCUGUACAGUGUGCCGGAGACAAACGAGGAUUUGGCGAAAUUCUUUGACAGAUAUCUCAAGGGCAUCGAAAACGACUGGGAGAAGACCCCCAAGGUGCGGUGGACAUCAUUGAAGUUCGGCGACCGAGAGCCAGAAAGCGACAUCAUCUUUGAAGACUUCCCUCCACCAAACACCGAAUACAAGACCUUCUAUCUCGAUAACGAGAAACUGUCCGAGUCUGCUCCGUCGAACUCCUCAACAGUAUCCUACAACUCCGAAGAUGGCAAUUCGCUUGUCAAGUUUACAUACACGUUUGACAAACCCUCACGCCUCAUUGGCAUUCCGAAGGCAGUCUUGUACAUGUCUUGUCCUUCACACGAUGACAUGAACGUCUUUGUCAACAUCAGAAAACUCGAUAAGGACGGGAACCCGAUGAUGCAUCUCUGCUUCCCAUUCUGGGCUGCACCAGUCAAGUCCAUUCAUGACAUCCCUAAGAAGGAGCAGAGUAGCACAAAUUUGCAUCUCGGCUCGGUCGGUCAGCUGAGGGCCUCUCAUCGAAACACUGAUCCGGAGCGAUCGAUGCACCCUCAAUUCCCUUUCCACCCCCACGACAGGGAGGACAAGGUCCCACCUGGCACCAUUGUGGAGUUGGAGAUCGGCAUCUGGGCCAUGGGUGUAGACUAUGAGGCGGGUGAAUCUGUUCAGGUGCAGAUUGGCGGUCAGUUUCCCUCCAUUGCUGAGUACAAGGCAUUUUCUACUGAGCGGCCGGAUUAUGAGAGGAACAAGGGCAAGCAUUUCAUCCACUGUGGGCCAGAGUACCAGAGUCGCAUUAUCCUUCCUUCCAUUCCAUCAUAG